AUGCGAGCUCUGCAUACAACCCAGUUCCCCGAGGCGGGUCCAGAGAUGUUAUCUAGUUACGGGACUGUCAAUGAGUUCGGUUUCAUUGCCAAUCCAGCCUCAGCGAGCUUAACUUCUUAUUAUAACAUUACCACGAUGUCGGCGCACGUUGAAGGCAAGCGUAUCUGUGCAAAAGAAGCAGCAUUUUAUAAGCUCUUAGAAGCGCUUAGAUAA